GGCCGCGGUGAAGGGCAGGGGCGCGGGAGGCGCCGGGAGCGCGCGCGCGGAGCGCUGGGUCUCGCGAGACUUGGAGCUAUAUAAAGCGACGCGGGAUUUCACCGCCCCCUUCUGCGCCCGGAGCCGCCAUGGACACGAGCCGCGUGCAGCCCAUCAAGCUGGCCAGGGUCACCAAGGUGCUGGGCCGGACCGGCUCUCAGGGGCAGUGCACUCAGGUGCGUGUGGAGUUCAUGGACGACACGAGCCGCUCCAUCAUCCGCAACGUGAAGGGGCCGGUGCGCGAGGGCGACGUUCUCACCCUGCUGGAGUCGGAGCGCGAGGCCCGGCGGCUUCGCUGAGCUGGACCCGGUCCCCUGCUGCCGGAUCGUCCAUCGGGGCAUGGAGCCUGGCGCAACUCGUUCGGCCGUGGGGCGCCGGUGGGGAGGAGCGUGGCGGCCGGGUCACUGCAAUAAAAGGUUUUUUCAGUA